CGAUGCGAAGCACCCAGGCAGGGGCAUCGGAUUGAUUCUGCGCGGUGCUGACGUGCUGUGCAUGCUGCUGGGCCGGGAGCGGCGGUUCGUGCUCUCGCACUUUGCUUUUCGCCUGCCUCUGCUUUUGUGGAUUACAACAACUCCGUGAGCGAACACGACAUCCGAGCUCGUCGGAUUGUUAAGCUUUUGCCAUCGAAACCUGCAAUCUCGUAUCUGCCUGCUAGCACAGCAACGAGAGACGUGGAUGUGCUGCUCGCAUGUUGGAUCCGUGGAUAUUGAUAGCAUGCAGACGCAGGAGAAAAUCAUGGUUUGCUAAUUAUGUUAGACGUACAUGUAGCAGGAUGGUUUGUUAACUACACUAGCAGUACAAAGUACAAACAGCACGGGAGCUUUAAUCAUACUACUAGUGUUAAUUGUCACGUUUGGUACUGCACAUAGUGUACAUGGUGAGGACCCUACUCAUGUUGGGAUCCAAGGAUGGUAGUCUAAUUGACAAUAAUAUUGAUUAGUGUUGUAGUUGCUCAUUAGUCAAUUAUUAAGUAUUGAUGUGGGAUCAUGUUCCUAGAAUUAUUGAACUUCUACAUGCUUUGAAAGUGCAAAAUUUUCCUUUAUACGCUGUUUUCAGGUCAGGUGUUGUGCAAUGCAGGCAGUGUGGAUUAUUUUUCUAAUACUAAUUGCUUCUUCAUGCUUCUUUUAUCAUAUGUAGUCUUUGCAAUAAAUGGGCUGUACAUUUCACUGGGAUCACCACCUCUUCCUGGAUGGACUGGAGAUGGUGGAGACCCUUGUGGUGAGGGCUGGCAGGGUGUUCUGUGUACCGGCUCUUCUAUAACUGGAAUAACCAUGAAUGCUGCAAACUUGGGAGGACAGCUGGGAAGUUUAGGAAACUUCAAUGCCAUCACCAGCAUAGAGCUUAACAACAAUAAUAUUGGUGGAAGCAUACCAGAGGACCUACCUGUUACUUUGCAGAGUCUUUUCCUCUCUGCUAAUCAAAUUACUGGAAGCAUACCAAGUUCACUGUCAAAACUCGAAAACUUAUCAGCCAUGUCAGUCAACGGCAACCAUCUAAGUGGAGGCCUACCAGACACUUUUGAUUCACUCAAUAGACUUGUAAAUUUGGAUAUUUCUUCGAAUAACUUGACUGGCGUGUUACCGUCGUCAAUGAAAAGUUUGGCAUCUUUAACUUCAUUGCACAUGCAAGACAAUCAACUGUCUGGGACCCUUAACGUUUUGCAAGGUCUCCCACUGAAAGACUUGAACAUAGAGAAUAAUAUUUUUUCUGGACCGGUGCCUGCGAGCUUGCUUAACAUACCAAACUUCAAAAAGGACGGGAAUCCAUUCAAUACCACAUCUGCAUCUCCGCCUUCAACAGGACCCGACCCAACUCUAACACCAGCACCUAACACUUCAAAUUCAACGCCCCCAGCACCAGCACCCCCAUCUCCUUCAAGAGCUACUCCCCCGCCUAAAACAACCUCAAAUUAUCCUGAAGGAUCAACUACCCGAGACAGCACUUCAUCAUCUAGGAAACACAAUACAUCAACCCUCAAGAUUGUUGGUUUUGUUCUUGCUGGAGUAGUGCUGUUUAUUGUUAUAGUCUUCCUAGUAUUAUUUUGUCUAUCCAAGUACCAAGGGAGACAGUCGAGAUACGAUCGUAAUAGAAGUCAGCUGGGAGGGGUGCAUCAUAGGGUUGAACCGCAAAUCAAGCCACCUCCAGUGCAACAAAGCAAUGAUAUUAAAGAAGGCGAGACACCGGACAGGAGGGUCCAUCAACUAAGUUCAUCUGCAGCAGCUCUCCCAAAGAAGUCUCCUGAAAACCAAAAGGAGCACAUAAUUAAUUUUGAUCAAACAGAUUCAGAUCUGUUUCAUGUUUCUCUACCACCUCCUCCUCCACCACCGCCAUUAACCCCAAUUGAAAGAGUUGCUGCAAAUCUCAUUGUUCCACUAGAAAAGCGAUAUAUUCCUCCACCAAAGACAAGUAGCUCGACUUCUUCCGCGUCAUUCUCUGUUGCAUCUCUUCAGCAAUAUACAGAUAGUCUCAGAGAGGAGAAUGUGAUCAGAGAGAGUAGAUUAGGAAGGGUUUACCUAGCAGAGCUUCCUGAUGGCAAGUUAUUGGAGGUUUUAAAGAUUGGCAAUGCUAAUGGAAGAAUAUCAGUAGAUGACUUCCUAGAACAGAUUGAAUGUAUCUCAGAUAUCAAGCAUCCUAACAUUCUUGAGUUAGUCGGAUACUGUGCUGAAUAUGGGCAGAGGUUACUCGUAUACGAACACUUCAGCAGAACGACACUGGAUGAUGCAAUUCAUGAUGGAAAGGAUACUGAAAGUGCACUGUCAUGGAAUGCCCGCCUCCAGGUUGCUCUUGGUUCAGGAAAAGCCUUAGAGUAUCUCCAUCAUAGCUUCCAUUCUCCAAUUGUGCACCAGAACUUUGAACCAGCUAAUGUGCUCCUUGAUAAAAAGUUCUCAGUGUGUGUUGCUGAAUGUGGACUGGCAGAAUUGAUGACAUCAAGUUCAGUCACUCAGCUGUCAGGUCGGAUGCGUGCAUCACUGGACUACGAAGCACCUGAAUUCCAGGAUUAUGGGGUCAUUUCAGAAAGGGGUGAUGUCUACAGCUUUGGUGUAGUGAUGCUGGAACUUCUUACGGGGCGUAAACCAUAUGAUAGUUCACGCCCGCGUCAUGAGCAACAUCUUGUUAGAUGGGCCAGUUGGCAGCUUCAUGACAUUGAAUCCCUAUCCAAGAUGGUGGACCCACCUAUACGUGGACAAUGUUCUGAGAAAGCAUUGUCACAUUUUGCUGACAUAAUCAGCCGCUGUAUCCAGCGGCAGCCAGAGUUCAGGCCACCAAUGUCUGAUAUUGUACAAGACCUAACUAGACUUGUAAAUGCUACUGGUGAGGAAUCAGAGUAAAGAAAAACCAUGGGGAUAUACAAUACAACCCUCGUGACCAAGUUGCGUGUUGUACAAAAUUUUGGGAAGAUAAUUGUCUUGCCACAAUCUGAGGACAAUAUUGUAAGGAUGUAUUUUCUUCAGAGAUCAUUCCACACUAACUCAUGUCAAAUUGGAGUUUCAUUUACACAUGGCUGGAGAGUGGAGGUACAGCAAUUUGUGCACCUGGUCGUUGAUCAUCAAAUCCAUCUUUUUGCAUACAUGAUAUUGUACAUAGCAAGGCCCUGAAUUCUUGUAACUAACAGUCAGGAGUUCGAUAAAUUGGUUAGUCUAAAGCUAGUCAUUUAAUUAUUCGCUUGUUCAUCAUGUUGGAUGGAUCUACUCUCAGCAGUCGAAGAAAAAUUGUUCGGCCAUUUACUUCUUGUAGAGAAUAGAGAUGAUUUGGUUACUGCUGUAAAACCCAGUUGUAUUCUCCUUUCAGCUCUUGCCUGUUGAAAUUUGAAUGUUUAUCUGUGGAUUUAUUCCCGCAAUGCUGAAAAAAACAUGUAGCGUGAAUUUUGUUCA